AUUCUUUCUUUGCAAGAGAUUAUAUAUUCCUCAUUCCUUUCUCUUUUUUUUUUCAGUGUUCGAUAUUGAUAUCGGAAGCUCAAUUAAUUCGGAUGUACACUACAAGCUCAUUUAAGGGGAACGCGCUUCCUAACAGAAUUUAAUUUUUUCAUACUUAGAACUCGAAUUCGAGACCUUUAAUUAAGGCCUUAAGGGCGUAAGAAACCUAUCCAUUACACCACAAUCUUUGUUUGUCGUCAAAAGUCACUUCUCAAUGAUCACGGCAGCAAGAAACGUACUACUGUUUGGUAAUCUGGUCUUGUUUAAAUCUCUAUUAGACUAAAUUAAAUGCCAAUUAUUUGUUGACAUAUAAACUGUACAUGCUAGUCAUUCUUUUUUUUUUCUUUUCUUUUCUUUUCUUUUCUUUAAGUCUGUGUAACACUUAGAGUUAGUAAUAAUGUUAUUUUGAAAUGUGAAGAAUGAACAAUUAAUAUCCAAUUUCUUAACAUUUAAUUAUCUUUUUUUUAAAAAAAAAAAAAAAAAAAAAUAGUUUUCAUGUUGAGUCUUUGCCGGACAGAAGCCCUUCAAACGCUCCUUGUCAAUAUCACCAUUCUACAAAGUGCCAUAGCAAAGGGAGCAGUUUGUUUGGAUGGAAGUGCACCAGCAUUCCUUUUUCACAGCGGAACUGGCUCGGGAGUUCAGAAUUGGCUUCUUCACCUUGAGGGAGGUGGAUGGUGUUCUACUGUUUCAGAAUGCCUCAGUCGUACUAAUCAGCCAAUUGGAUCUUCAAAAAAUAUGCCUCUGCAAGGUGCCUUCACUGGAGUUCUAAGCAAUGACCCUGACAUGAAUCCUGUCUUCUAUGACUGGAAUAGAGUCAAGGUCAAGUACUGUGACGGGGCAUCUUUUACUGGUGAUAUUGAAGAAGUUGAUCCAGCAACUAAUCUCCACUACAGAGGAGCAAGAAUUUUCAAGGUGAUAGUGGAGGAAUUAUUAGCUAAAGGAAUGUCUAGUGCUCAAAAUGUUAUCUUGAGUGGAACUUCAGCUGGAGGAUUGGCUGCAAUACUAAAUUGUGACAAAUUCAAAAUUUUCCUCCAAAUGGACACUAGGUUGAAACGCAUUUCGGAUGCUGGUUUCUUUCUUAAUGUAAGUACAAUUGCUGGUAAACCGGAGAUUAAAGAGCUGUAUGAGAGAGUUGUUGUGUUGCAUGGGUCUACCAAGAACCUUCCACCAUCUUGCACCUCCACUUUAAAGCCAAGUUUGUGCUUCUUCCCUCAGUAUGUAGCAGGAUAUAUUCAAACACCUCUUUUCAUAAUUAAUUCGGCCUAUGAUUCCUGGCAGGUAAAUAAUAGUUUGGUUCCUGAAGGUGCUGAUCCUCAAGGCAUUUGGAAUAAUUGCAAGAAAAACAUAAAUGAAUGCUCACCUAGUCAACUCAAUAUUCUCCAUGAUUUCAGGUUGAAGUUUUUAAAUGCACUAACGGAAUUAGGAGGGACUUCAUCUAUAGGGUAUUUCAUAAUAUCCUGCCAUUCCCAUAAUAUCAUAGAAAGACAAAGUUAUUGGUUCUACAAUAACUCUCCAACAUUAUCUAACAAGACAAUUGCCAUAACUGUUGGGGACUGGUUCUACGAAGAAAGUGUAUUUCAGAACACAGAUUGUCCUUACCCUUGUGGCCAAAAAUUCUGUCAUUAGGAACCGCUAAAUAAAUUAGGUUGUUGGAUCAUCAUAAAUUAGC